CAGCCGGGCAGCCAUGCCAUUCGGUCUGGUGAGGCGGGAGCUGUCUUGUGAGGGUUACCCCAUCGACCUCCGCUGUCCAGGAAGUGAUGUCAUCAUGAUCGAGAGUGCCAAUUACGGCCGGACAGACGACAAGAUCUGCGAUGCUGACCCCUUUCAAAUGGAGAACAUCAACUGUUAUCUGCCCGAUGCAUUCAAGAUCAUGUCUCAAAGGUGUAACAACAAAACGCAGUGCAUUGUCAUCACUGGACCAGAUGUUUUUCCUGACCCCUGCCCAGGAACAUAUAAGUACCUUGAAGUCCAGUAUGAAUGUGUUCCCUACAAAGUGGAGCAAAAAGUUUUUGUUUGUCCUGGAACUCUGAAAGCGGUUGGAGAUCCGUCGUUUCUGUAUGAGGCGGAGCAACAAGCGGGGUCGUGGUGCAAAGACCCUCUCCAGGCAGGAGACAAGGCUUAUUUCAUGCCCUGGACCCCUUACAGAACAGACACACUCAUUGAGUACAACUCGCUCGACGACUUUCAAAACUCCCGACAGACCACGACGUACAAACUCCCCCAUCGGGUCGACGGCACUGGAUUUGUGGUAUAUGACGGGGCGGUGUUUUUUAACAAGGAAAGGACACGUAACAUUGUCAAAUUUGACCUGCGGACCAGAAUCAAAAGUGGGGAGGCAAUUAUAAAUAACGCCAAUUAUCAUGACACCUCACCAUACAAGUGGGGUGGGAAAACAGACAUCGAUUUGGCAGUUGAUGAAAACGGCCUUUGGGUGAUCUACGCCACCGAGCAGAACAACGGCAUGAUGGUGAUCAGUCAGCUCAACCCCUACACCCUUCGCUUCGAGGCCACCUGGGAGACCACCUACGACAAGCGGUCGGCCUCCAACGCUUUCAUGAUCUGCGGGGUUCUGUAUGUGGUCCGAUCCACGUACGAAGACAACGAGAGCGAAGUCAGUAAGAGCCUCAUCGACUACAUGUACAACACCAAACUGAACAGAGGCGAAUACGUCGACAUCCACUUCCCCAACCAGUACCAGUACAUCGCCGCUGUGGAAUACAACCCGCGAGACAACCAGCUGUACGUGUGGAAUAACUUCUACAUCCUGCGGUACAAUCUGGUGUUUGGUCCACCUGAUCCAGCUCACGCACCACCUAUCUCAGAGGCAUCCACAACGCCCAAGUUACUAAAACCAACAACCACUACAACCUCCACUGCUCAACCGAGAGGUCAGGUGACUACAGUUACCACUGCAGGCAACAGAGCUGUUAAUAAGACACCCAAAUCACCAGCUGUACUUCCCCAAACCACCACGCCUCCCUCACUGGAGUCUUUCCCUCCACCUGAGCGCUUCUGCGAGAGCGUAGAGCUCAGGGACAUACUGUGGCCGCAGACGCAGAGGGGCAUGCUGGUGGAACGACCCUGCCCCAAAGGAACUCGAGGCACUGCCUCCUACCUAUGUGUUCUCUCCACUGGGACCUGGAACCCAAAAGGCCCAGAUCUGAGCAACUGCACAUCCCACUGGGUGAAUCAAGUCGCACAAAAGAUCCGGAGUGGGGAAAAUGCAGCCAACCUGGCGAACGAGCUGGCCAAACAUACCAAAGGAGCCAUCUUUGCCGGUGACAUUAGCUCUACCAUGAGGCUCAUGGAGCAGCUGGUGGAUAUUCUAGACGCUCAGUUACAGGAACUGCGACCCAGCGAGAAAGACUCCACCGGCCGUAGCUUCAAUAAGCUUCAAAAGCGAGAAAGGACGUGCAGGGCGUAUAUGAAGGCUAUCGUGGAUACAGUCGACAACCUCCUCAGACCGGAGGCUCUGAAAUCGUGGCGAGAUAUGAAUACCACAGAGCAGACGCACGCCGCAACUAUGUUACUGGACACCCUGGAGGAAGGAGCCUUUGUCCUUGCUGACAAUUUAAUGGAACCGGCCAUCGUGAAAGUACCAGCCAGUAAUAUAAUUCUGGAUGUUUACGUGCUGAGCACAGAUGGGCAGGUUCAAGAUUUCAGGUUUCCCCAGAGCGGCAGGAGUGGUAUUUCUAUCCAAUUGUCUUCCAAUACGGUGAAACUCAACAGUCGUAAUGGUGUUGCCAAGUUGGUUUUUGCCCUUUAUAAGAACCUGGGGCAGUUUCUAAGCACAGAGAAUGCGACGAUGAAGCUCGGCCACGAGGCUAACGGACGCAACCUCUCCGUGGCUGUGAAUUCCGACGUCAUUGCCGCCUCAAUAAACAAAGAAUCCAGUCGUGUAUUUAUAUCGGAGCCUGUGAUUUUCACCCUGGAGCACAUCGACAUGCAACAUUACUAUAACUCCAACUGCUCUUUCUGGAACUACUCCGAGAGAACCAUGAUGGGAUACUGGUCCACUCAGGGCUGCAAACUCAUCCACGCCAAUAAAAGUCACACCACCUGCUCCUGUAGUCAUCUCACCAACUUUGCGGUGCUCAUGGCUCAUCGAGAGCUGCUGGGUGCAGAGAAAGUCCAGGAGCUGUUGUUGAGCGUCAUCAGUCGUGUCGGUAUCGUGGUAUCCCUCAUCUGUCUGGCCAUGAGCAUCUUCACAUUCUGUUUCUUCCGUGGGCUGCAGAGUGACAGGAACACAAUCCACAAGAACCUGUGCAUAAACCUUUUCAUCGCUGAGCUCAUCUUCCUCAUCGGAAUCGACAUGACGGAAACCAGGAUGGCCUGCUCCAUAAUUGCAGGAAUCCUGCAUUACUUUUUUCUGGCAUCUUUCACAUGGAUGUGUUUGGAAGGGGUUCAGCUCUAUCUGAUGCUGGUGGACGUCUUCGAGAGUGAAUAUUCACGCAGGAGGUAUUUCUACAUGGCGGGAUACCUCCUCCCUGCUGUGGUCGUGGGCGUUUCCGCUGCUGUAGACUACAGAAGCUACGGGACCAAGAAAGCAUGUUGGCUCAGGAUGGACAAUCACUUCAUCUGGAGUUUCAUCGGACCCGUCACCUUCGUUAUUAUGGUGCGUUCGGUAUCUACUGACCUUCACGUGGCUUAAGAUUGUAUAUGGCAUGUACAUGAGUGUGUGUGAUUGAGUGCUGAAUACAUGCAUCAGGUGAAAGAACAGAAUAAGACUGUGUCUCAGAGU